AUGAAAGGCCAAACCUCCUCGAAGCGCUCUCUCAUAGAUUAUAUGAAAUGCUCCCCAACUAGGAAAGACUUCGAAGAAGCUUUGGAACCAGAAGUCAGAAUUAUCAAAUUAACCAAACUGCAAAAAUCCCAUACAGUUGAGUCAGAGAUCGAUAUGCUUUUGUCACUAGCUAAAAACGGCAUAGAGCAACAUGCCGAACACAUAGUGAUCACACUUGAGGGUUCAAAUGGUCAGGUCAAAAAUCCGCUUAACUAUCCGUUUUACGGGUUCGAGCGAUUGCAGGGCCCUCCAGCAGCGAAAAGCGCAGUAUUAAUGAGUCUCAUGAGCCGCAUCUCGGCAAUUGCAAAACAGAAAGAAAGUUGUACAAUUCGGGACGUUUUCUACAUGAAUGUCGAGCUUUAUCAAAACCAGCAGAUAGUUUCAGACUCGUUGCGUGAAAUAGCCGACGCAUUUCAGGUGACGGAUCUGAACGAACUCGGCAUAUACGCAGCGCAGAAGGGCUUAUGUUUUACGCCUGUGGAUUUACACUUCGAUAUCGGGAAGAUUAUAAUCCACAAUCAAAAAUCGCUGGUUCCGCUUAUGAGUCCAUCCGUCCACUUCUCGGGCGAUUGGUUGCGGGUGAAGCGUAUCAUCGUAGUCGAGAAGGACGCAAUUUUCAGCAAACUUGUGGAAAACGCAAGCGUGUGUAAAGAUUGCAUAUUGAUAACGGGUAAAGGAUUUCCGGACUGGCUGACUCGUCACUUUCUUCACAAGCUAAUGGUGUGCUGUCCGCCCAGAGUCGAAUUCGAAAUUUACACCGACAGCGAUCCUUACGGUAUCGACAUUGCUCUCAAGUAUACUUUCAAUUGUGUCAAAACUGAAUAUCAGUGUCCGCGGCUAACCUACCGCGGGGUAAUGAUUCAGGACUUGUUACACGAUCGGAACGCGGCACGCAAUGGACUGCAGCUAUUGAAUCUAUCGGCUCGUGACUUUCGAUACGCUUCGAACCUAUUGGCGCGUCUGGAAAAUACGGCAUUGAAGAACUCUAAGAAAAGGGUCCUGACGCGGGAACUACAGCGCCAAAUGUUUUACCAAAAAAAGGCAGAGAUGAACACAGUCCAUGGUGCCAACUUCGCGCAAUAUCUGCUGGCCAAGUCCCACAUUCUGAAAUGA